GAGAAUUCCUGAAAUGGAGAGAACUGCUUUCUUCUCUAAAACAAUAUGGAUGGGAGGGCAAGACCAAAAAUGGAUAAUAGGUAGGAGAGUAUGAUCAGCUAAACCAAAAAAUUAUACAUCUGAAGCUAUCAUGUAAAGAACAUAUUGCAAAAUCUAAUAACUUCAUAGGAUCUAUUGUUUGUAUCUCAGUUGUGCAUCUGAACUUCCUUCCUUAUAUUACUUUCAGAGCACUUGGGAGAGAUUUUCAAUGGCACAGAAGGCAGUUAAGCACCAAACUCCAUUGCCUUUUUAAUGAGAGUUGAGCACCUACCUUCAUCCUGUGCCACUGUAAUGUCUAAAAAUGGAAAGUUUUAUGGUCUGAUUUUUCUGAAGCGUCAAGCAGUGAAACAUAUUUAGAGGAUUAUAUGGGAUUUUACUACAUUAAGAAUUACCUUGGAUGCCAUAGGAGCUACACAGAAGGAAGUCUCCGAUCUUGCAGUUCAUCAGACUGCUUUAGCAAAGUGAUGCCUCCAAGGAAAAAGAGGAGACCUGCAGCCGGAGAUGAUUUAUCUGCUAAGAAAAGUAGACAUGAUGGCAUGUAUAGAAAAUAUGAUUCAACUAGAAUAAAGACAGAGGAAGAAGUCUUUUCAAGUAAGAGAUGCUUAGAAUGGUUCUAUGAGUAUGCAGGGACUGAUGACGUUGUAGGUCCUGAAGGCAUGGAGAAAUUUUGUGAAGAUAUCGGAGUUGAACCAGAAAAUGUAAGUUUAUGCUUUUCCCAAAUAUGCCUAAGUCACCAAAGUGAGCCUGGUUUUUGUCUCUUAAUCUUUUAUCAUCUGAGUUUGAAAUAUUUUGAAAUGGAAAAUUGAAGAAACCAUUGUUAA